AUGCCAGAAAGGAUUUCACUUGCAAAUGUACACGGGAGCAUUCGUCGGCCCUCCAGGCCAUCCAAUGCUCCUGGGAUUGCCAACUUGGAACAGGUUGUUCAGGAACUCUUGACUGGUGCAGCAGAUGAGUCUCAGUUCCUGGUGGGCGACUAUGAAGAAGUUGAUGUUGACAUGAUCGAGGCCACAAUGAUGGGUGCAACCCCAAGCGAUACCUAUGGACAUGAAAAUACUGCACCUGCCGCCACUGCUUUCACGAAAGAUACAACCGAGUCAACUACCCAUCAUGGUCAUGAUAAAGAGGAACCUCCCAUACCGGAGUCAACAAAAACAACAGAAAACAGUGCUCCUGAGGAAGACGAAACCGAAACGCUCAAGAAGUUGUUCAAGGCCGAGUACCUGAAAUAUUCGUCGGAGCCAUCCAAGACAUGCACUUUCCGACCUUUUGCAAGAUAUAUUAAGUAUACCCAACAAACAUGGGUAAAGCUUGUAAACACAGCUUUGAUUGCUGCCAGUUUGCUCAUGCAGCUGGUUGUAUUUUCGAUUGAUCAGGCAUCUAACACAGAUGAAGACCAGGUCAGCGACGAAUCUUUUCUGAAAGGUGGAGGAAAGUCAGCCUUAUUGUUACUGGUGCUUUUCUCGGGUCUCCGAGGAGUAGUAACUCUGAUCUUGGGACUUCCAAAUUUGCGGGUUGACUGCAGUGCUUUCUGGUGUAUCCUGCUUGAUUGUGCCAUGUGGAUAGUCUCGUUGGGGGUGACCAGUUUCAACGUUCAUCGUGGAUUUGAGGAUGGAGGAUUUCGAAGCCUAGGACAGAAUGCAUUCUUGAUUGCGAUUCGACUCAACACCAACCUAGCGUUCAAUUUGGCUGUGGAUGAAAUCUUUGCCGACCAUCAACGCGCCCUCUUGGUCUCUGUUGCCAAGGUAGUAGGAGUCAUUGAGAAGGCGUCCAUUCCGUCAAAGUACAAGACAACACUCACAUGCCUUCUAGAUGCCACUGGUACUGAUCAGAACGGAUUGAUGAAUGAAACUGAUUACACCAGAUUUGAACACAGCUGCAGGCCAAUAUUUCUGUAUUGGAAGCGCAUGCUGGCCACUGAACAAACUGAACAAAGAAAUGCCAACCGUGAACUUGACAUCAUUCUUCAGCUUCGUAAGGAUUUGCUUUACAGGAAUAUUAUCCAGACAUGCGCUGCCAGCGAGGAAGAAGCAAUCAUGGAUUCAGAGGAAAGUGGUGGAUCUAUUUUCGCAACAGUAUUCCUGGCUGCCAACAUGUUGAGAAAGCAGCAGGAGUUCAUGUUUGCCGGUGUGUUUGUCAUUAUCUGUUGCAGUGCCAUGAUUCCUCGUGCAGUAAGUUUCAUUGUGGGCAUACUUGUCAAUCUCGGUAUCGAGCUUGCUGAGGGCAAUGAAGAAAAACAAGCGGGUUUCAACCUAGGCCUUGCAGCAGUCCUGGCCCUCUUCUUGCUUGAUGAAUGUCUCUAUUAUUCAGCAUCCUUAUUGGCAGCUCGAAUGAUUGCUGCAGCCACUGCUCGCCUUCAGAGCAAAAUGGUACAUGCUGUCCUCUUCAGUGGCGCUACCUUUGAAAAGAACUAUCGGCCAGGGGCAUUAUCGAACCAGUUCAACUCUGGCAUCGCAAAACUAGGCCAGGUAUGGGACUUUCUGGUCCUUGACAUGCUCCUUGCAACCGCCUCUCUCUUUGCCGCGCUGCUCUUCUUGGGCCUUGUUAACUUUGGAUUUAUGGUGUUUGUGCUAUCAGCCCUGCCAAUCCUGGCAGCCCUAAAGCCAUUGGAGGGAAAGGCACUUGUAGCCAGUGAGCUUUCAACGGAAUCUGAUUCUCGCUUGCUGGGACGGUUUCAGAAUGCUGUGGCAAUCCAAAGGGCUGCAAAAGUUGGAAACGCAACAAAGUUUGUGUCCGAUAAGGUUCAUUCGCCAGCCCUCAAGGAAGCUAGAAGCAACAGAUACAAUGCUUGGUUUUGGAGCUACAUUGUUUCAGCAAUGUAUGGUUCAGUUGGUGCUAUGUUGGCUUUGGUGACCAAUGUGUUGUUUCUUGGAGCUCUUGCUUCUGGCCGGAUUGAUUCUGGAGAGUUCUUCAGUGUGACCUCUCUCAUUGCUGGUGUGAUAGCGCCGCUGGAGAGAAUUGGACGAUUCUCAGGUCAGGUAGCCCAGACAUCAGGAGCAGUGCUCCAAAUAGCAAAGAUCUUGACCGAUGCUGAGGAUGAUACCGUUAAAGAAGAUGAGCUUGCCGGUGACAACUCUGAUAGUGCCAAACCAACACUAUCACUCCAAGACAAGCUUGUCUUUGACGGUGUCAAGUUCUCCUAUUCUGCUGAUGGUCCCUUGAUCCUCAAGGGCUUGUCCACUGCGAUUUCUGCUGGUUCUUAUGUGGCUGUCCUUGGCACUUCCGGCAGCGGCAAGAGCACACUGUUGUCCUUAUUGAUGGGGACACACAAUGCCGCUGAUGGGAACAUCCGCAUGGAUGGCAUCUCCAUUGGAUCUGUGCCGCUUCGCACUUUGCGAGAAUCAUUGGGCACUGUUUUUCAGCAGACCUUUGUGUUUGAUGGGAGUAUCCGUGACAAUAUAGCCUUUGGCAGUGACCAUGCUACAUUUGAUGUUAUUGUUGAUUCAGCAAAGAAAGCUGGGAUCCAUGAUGUGAUUCAAAAACUCCCGCAGCAAUAUGAUACCAUCAUCGGAAAGGAGGCAUCAAUCAGCAUGUCUGGAGGUCAAUUGCAGCGCAUUUGUGGCAUCGCUCGGGCCCUGGCUCGAAAGCCAAAGAUCCUGCUUCUGGAUGAAGCCACCAGUGCCCUUGAUACUGUGACCGAACAAAAAUUCAUUGAGACCAUUGAGAAGCUCCGUGAUGAGGGGUUGACAAUCAUCAGUGUUACGCAUCAUCCGUCUACGGCUGUCAACGCUGACCAGAUUCUGGUUCUUGACCAAGGAGUGAUUAUUGAAAACGGAACCUACGAUGAACUCACAAAGGGUGACAAUCCUGGGUUGUUUGCUGACUUGGUGAAUGCAGGAACACAGCCUCCGUAG